CAGCAGCUCCCAGAAUACAACAGGACCAGCAGCUCCCCAAGAAGAUAAAACAGAACCAGCGGCUCCUGCAGAGGAUGCAAUGGAACCAGAAGCUACGGAAGAAGCUAAAACAGAACCAGCAGCUCCUGCAGAUGAUAUCACAGAACCAGAAGCUACUGAAGAAGGUAAAACAGAACCAGCAGCUCCAGCAGAAGAACUAUCAACUACAGCAGCUGGGGACACAGAAGCAGCUGCAACAACAGCAGAGCCAGCAGCUGAUCCAGAGACUGAGCAACCAGCAGUUAAUGUAGAGGAGGGAACAACUGCAGACCCUGAUACCACAUCUGCUCCGGUGGCGAAUGGACAUGAUGAUGUGGCCAAAGCUGGGACAGAUGUAGCAGACGAUAAAGAGGAAGAGCCAACCGAAAUAGCUAAUGAUACCAAUUCGAUUCCCAUUGAUAAGGAAAUUAUUGUCCCAAAGGGCAGAACAGGAGUGCAUGCCCAGUUUCCUACAGGUAAUGAAGAGAUUGCAGAAACUGAGGUGAAUGCAGCGCACGUAGCUGGCAGCUCAGCAAAUGAUGAUCAGAAGACCAAAGAAGCCAGUUCCAGCUCUGUAGCAGGCGUCGUGUGCGGAAUUGCUGUGGCCGCUGUGGGAGCGGUUGCAGGAUACUUCACCUAUCAGAAGAAGAAACUGUGCUUCAAAGAAAGACAGGAGGCGGAUCCAGAGGCUGCGCGCAAGGCCGACGCGGCAGAGGCUCAGUCGGAUCCCCAGGUCCUCAGCAACCUGCUCAACUCCUCCUAGACCAGCAAUGAUCACAUGACUGACUGACUGCACCGACUCCAGUCAACAACGUGGCAAUCUCACUGUUAGGGUCUCUCCUUGAUAGAGCUAUAUUACUGUGAGGCCCUAGAGUAGGGCUCUCUUUGUGUGUGUGUGUGUGUGUGUGUGUGUGUGUGUUAGGGAUGAGUUCAUACGAUACACAGUAUCAGUAUCGAUCCAAUACUGGUCAGAAUCACUGGAUCUGAUAUGGGGGGAAGCAAAAACAUUCACUUCAAUAUGAUCCAUUUAUAUGAUAUGAUUUUAGGUGUUAUGCACAGUUCUGCCGUGCUGCAGUGAUCAUGUGCACUAUGCUGUCAUAUUUCAAGAUAUUGGUAUUGAUAGAUACUGAAAACUCUGAUAUCGCUACUGGACCUGAAAAAGUGGUAUUGAGACAUCCCUUGUGUGUUUGUGCGUGUGCGGUGUGAAAUUAGAUUUUAGAGAAGAAAAAAGCAAGUAAAUAUCCUCUAUGUGAACACUAGGGGCUUUAUGAUUGUUUUAAAUUAGAAAUACUUAAAAAUAAUUGGUCAAAUCUUUUAUACUUAAAGCCAAAUCCAGUCUUUUUCAGAGGAGCCACUAAAGAGAUGAAAUCUCUAAUUCAGCAUGACCAUGAGAUAGCCAACUCACAGAACUACCUUUUUUUUAAAAAUUGAUAGUUGAAUGGCUGCCAACUAGUUCCAGUAAGUGAAUGUGAAUAUAAACAAAUGACAAAUUGUGAUGUUGUAGCUGUUUCACUUGAAUUUACUGAAUCCCUCCAAAUGGGAUUUUCAUUUUCUAUUUUAUUUUUUUUCAUAGCCAUCCAUAUCAUUUUCAAAAAUCCACUCAUUCAUGUGAAUUCGUUUUUGUCAUUUCCAAUACACUUAUCUGCAUUAUAAAUGUGGGAUAAAUGAAUACCUAGGGGGCUUCAAUAACUGCCAAUUCAUUUCCUGGCGAUAACACUGUAGGCCUUUUUUCACAGCAGAAAUAUUGACUUGUUACAGUAGCAGACGCUGUGGCCUUUAGGUUGAAAUUAACAAUGGCUUUGUUCUAUUCAAGAGCCCCAGUCAAAAAACAAUCUUCUUUGAAAAGGCCUGUAGGAUCCGUGAUUCUGGUAAUGCUCUUAAAUGGUCCAAUAUGUGUCCAGAGGGCCACUGAUGUCACUGUAUGUGUGUGUGUGUGUGUUUGUGUGUCUUUUGAUUGGUGAAGGGGCUUGGUUUUUAAAUCAUAGUGGGUCUAUAUCACUUCUCUUCAGUCAGUACAAUGAAUGAAACAUUCGAAAUCGAAAUGAAACGCGAUGGACGUCCACGUAUUUAAAACACGUAGAUCCAUUUUCCCAAGGCAAAGGCAAGUUGUCAUUAAAUCCUGUCCAGUCCUGUUUCAGUCAGUAGAUGAAUGUUCACCUGACAUGAGCCAGAGGUCAAAGCAGACAUGUAGUAAUGUGUUAGACAUUGUUCUAAUGUAAUGUGUGUUUAUCUAGUUGUGGUGCAGUAGUUUCUUCUCUAUAGUGCCUUUUACUGACGCAGCCUGACUUGACCAAUGGACAGACAAACAGAAGAGGUCCGAAAUUAAAAGUGAAACCAGACAUUACAAACAUAUGUGUAUCAGACAUGAGGAAUAAAAAUGAUGGAAAGUGUUGGUUGAACAUUUUUAGGGCCAGUUUUUUUUUGGAUUAAUAUUGCACCCCACACAGUUUCAGCUGUGAAAAUCUCCUCACUGCGUGUCUCUUUAUUUGAACAAGUCAGUUGCUGUCACAGUGUUUUUGUAUCAUUCAUAUCGCCACAUUACAGAUGUCACUCACCUGUGGUUUUUAUAGGAAUUUAAUAUUCUGCAGUGGUGCCUCAGAGCUGAUACAGCUAAUCUUUAGUCAACUUGCUUGCUGUGGUAUUUUGUGAUUAUUAUUAUUGUGAAAUGCCGAAGCAGUGCUCUUUAAAAAAAAAACAAAAAACAACAACCACAAAAAAAAAAUAGUUCAGCUGUAGCACAAAAAUAUAAACUUCUGAAUGUCUUUUUGUCGCCUUGCAUUUUUGUACUCGCUCCUUUUAAACAUAGAGGUCGCAUAGUGCUGCAGUUCAUGUUAAGUGUGUUACUCGUAAAGCACCGUAUAGCUGCAAUACAGGACAGAGACUGUUCCUAACAGCCUUGCCUCAAGCCGAGAAAUAUUAAGUCUGUGAUGUUGUGUAUUGAUUAAUUCUACUGUAUGAACUGUGGACUGGAUGCCAGUUCAAAUUUUGGUUUGAACUGACUUCUUACCCUGUAAUCUGUGAUAAACUGAGUUUCUCUUGGCACUGAGCAAGCGGAUCAUGUGUCUGAAAGCUCUUAUUACAUCAACUACUUUGGCAUGGAGUGAGAAUGCACAAAAUAUCCACUAAAUAACAGUACAAUCUUUCAGAAAUAGCCACUGAUGCCUUCAGAACAGCUGAUUACCCUUUUAAUGCAGUUCUCAUCUUUUCUGUACUCUGCAAUCAUUGCAACAGGGAUCCGCUUAAGUACGCCGCUUCCCUUCAGUGCACAAACCGAAACCUUACUGAUUGAAUGUCAAGGAGGCAGAAAUGUGGUUACAAUGACUGAAUUCGUCUGCUGUCCACUCUACGCUUUGCUCCGAGCAGUCAGAUCCUGUGUAAACACAAACAGUUUUAAAGCAGAAUGUAAACAAAGGGAACCUUUAACUCACUGGGUCCUGAAGUGCACUUCCCAGAUAAUGUUAUCAGAUAAUGCAUCGUUCAAGGCACCAAGCAUUCCUGCCUUAUACCACCAUUUUUUGAAUAUUCCAGAGAGGAAAGCAAAGAAUAAUGUCACCAUCGGGGAGAAACAAUGAAACAAGCAAAGAUGUGUUUUGAAGGUUAUUUUAAUAACAAUCUCUUUGGGAGAAGCACUUUCCUAUCCUGUAUACAUCUUGAUCCAUUUAACACAUUUAGAUGAUUAAUUUUUGAUUUAGACCAUUGCAAGACUUUUUUUAAUUUAAAUAUCUUGUGUUUUUUUUUUUUUUUUGCAUAGAAACUGUUUUCUUUGUUUUUGUCAUCUGGCACUUGUGUUGGUCUUCUGGAAUUGUGUAAAUAAUGUUUGAGGAGUCAAUUAAAUGUGGGCGUUGGUGUGUUAUUCCCCUGCCAAACAUCUAUGGGUGUGUGUUUGUUUCUACAAUAAUAAUAAUGAUAAUCGUAUUUAACUCAUUAAAUCUAGCUCUUUUUUUUUUUUUUAAAUAGGAAAAAAAAAACUACAUGAACAGUGUGCUGUAGUCUCUUUAAGUUACUUGUCACAUAAGUGUCUGCAGAGCAUUGGAAAGGCAAUAAAACUUGUGUUAAAUAAAUCACAGGCAUUGUGAGACACAACCUGAAAUGUGUAAUAUGUAAAUUAUUAACAACAGGGAGCUUAUGCACACAGUUUGGAGGCAUUUGAAUGAUUUAUGGUGACAAGUCCACUUGAAACUCAAUUAAGUCAUAUUUGAAAACCUGUUUGGGGUGUUGUUGUUGCCAAAUAAACCUGUACAUGUUCCUGUAAA